AUGGCCACUACCGGAUCCGAGGUGGUUGUCCCGACCGAACGAGACCAAGUAGCGAUUGUGGACGGUGUGGACAAGUUAGCUCCUCCACAGGCGAAACAGGAGCAAGUAAGCAAAGAUGUGCCCGAAGACGAAGUAAAGAACGUGAACGCCUCUGAGGUUGACCGUGAGGCGGUGGACGCCUCUUACGUGGGGUGGAAACAGAUUGGAGGCUGGGAAGAAAAGGACGAAUUGACGGUGGAGGACGAAUUGCUGGAUUUGAAUAACGAAACUUUCUUGGAUAAUGUGAUCCCUGAUAAGCUAUACGGGGAUUGGUACCAUGCUGCAGCGGUGUUUUUCGUUGGGGGCACGCUCUCGUUUCUGGUCGGGAAACUUGGGUUUUCGCUGGGUCCAGUUUUUUUCAUCGUCUUGGCCAUGGGUAUGCUGUAUCGAACAUCGAUCAGACGUUACAGAGGGGCAAUCCGGGACCAGGUACAGAAAGAGUUCACCGUGCAGAAGGUGGAGGGCGACCACGAGUCGAUGGAGUGGCUCAACAGCUUUUUGGACAAGUAUUGGACCCGUUUGGAACCAGAGCUCUCGCAAAUGGUGGUUCAGCAGGUCAAUGAGAUCUUGGCAACCAACCCAAGCAUUCCUGGAUUCAUCAAGGCGUUGUGGAUCGAUCAGUUCACGCUGGGCGUCAAACCUCCCAGAAUUGACCUGGUCAAGACCUACCAGAACACCGACACAGACGUGGUUGUGAUGGACUGGGGCGUUUCUUUCACGCCUCACGAUCUUGCAGACCUAAACUCGAAGCAGUUGAAAAACUACGUGAAUCAGAGAGUCACUGUCAAAGCCAAAGCAUUUGGUCUUCCACUUUCCGUCACUGUCUCGGAUAUAGCGUUUAAAUCGAAGCUCAAAGUUAGGUUCAAGCUCAUGACUCCAUUUCCUCACAUUGAAACGGUCAACAUUCAACUUUUGGAAGUUCCCGAUGUCGACUUUGUUGCCAGAUUGCUUGGUGAUAGCAUUUUCAACUGGGAAGUCCUCAAUAUUCCUGGACUGUACCCUCUCAUCAGGGAGAUGGCGAAGAAAUACAUGGCUCCUGUGCUCAUGCCACCAUUUUCUUUGCAAUUGAACGUCCCACAAUUGAUGUCUAGCUCUCCAGUGUCCAUCGGUGUCCUAGAGUUGAGUGUCAAAGAUGCCGUCGAUAUCAAGCGCGCUCGCAAUAUUCUCAACAAAUCCGUGGAUCCAUAUCUAUCCUUUGAAUUGAAUGGCGUGUCUGUUGGUAAAACUAGAACUGUUCGGGACUCUUUGAACCCCGUGUGGAAUGAAACCUCGUUUUUGUUGAUCAACUCGUUCACCGAGCCGCUGACCAUUGUACUUUACGACAGGCGUGAAAAGGUUAAGGAUAAAGUGUUGGGGAGAAUAGUGUACAACCUGAGUACGCUUCACGACGAAAGAAAUCAAUACAACCUGAAACCCACAUUCCUGAGAAACUCGAAACCUGUAGGAGAACUCCACUUCAGCAUGAAAUUUCAUCCUACCAUGGAGCCCAAACAGCUGCCAGAUGGCACUGUCGAGCGGCCACCAGAUUUGAACGUCGGUAUCAGUAAAAUUCUUGUGGAGGAGGCAAAGGAGCUGGAUGAACCGGGCUGCAAGGUAUCCACCUACGUUGAGUUGUAUUUCAACGCCAAACUGGUUCUAACCACAGGUACCUUGAAAAACACCGAGAACCCGGUGUGGAACCAAGAGUAUGAGGCCGUUAUAACAGACCGUCGUAAGACCAGAGCUAAGCUUGUUGUUAAGAAUGGCAAAGGUGAAAUAAUCGGAAGCACCGUCCAAGGUUUGAAUGAUAUGAUUGACAGGACUGAAGUUGACAAAAAAUGGAUUCCUUUACAAAAUGGAAGAGGUCAGAUCAAACUCACCACACACUGGAAGCCAGUUGACCUCGACUUGGGCGCCAACGCAGUAGCAUACACCCCACCUUUAGGAACCUUACGUGUCUUCAUUAGCAAGGCUGAAGGCUUAAGAAAUUUGGAGAAAUUCGGAAAGAUUGAUCCAUACGCUAGAAUUUCGGUCAAUGGUGUAGCCAGGGGGCGCACUAAUGUUUGUGAAUCUACUUUGAAUCCCGUAUGGAAUCAGGGAAUUUACGUCGCUGUCACUUCUCCUAAUCAAAAGAUCACACUGGAAUGCCUAGAUGUUGAGACUGCCGGUAAUGACCGCAGUCUAGGCAAAUUCGACAUUAGUAUCUCUGAGAUGUUCCAGAAGGGCAACGACGACAAGUAUGUGGAGAACAUAGAUGAUGAGGCCCGCAUAGGACGCUUGAUUGGUAAAAAAGGUGCCAAGGGUACUGUUACCUACUAUGUCUCAUUCUAUCCUACUGUUCCAGUCUUGAGUUUGGAGGAGAUCCAAGAAGUGGAUGAUCUCUCUGAAAGAAAGCGGAAGUUGGAUGCAAAGCGGAGUGAAACCGGUGAAAAAGCUUUGAAUAAAGCAGCCGAAAAGAAACUCAAGGAAGAGGAGUUCGAAAUUAAAGAAAUGGAGGAUCUGUUCAACAAUAAGAUGAAGCUGGACCUUGAUGAAUUGCUACAAUACCAAAGUGGUGUGCUUGCCUUUUCAAUUCUAGGCGGGGAACUCCCUCAGACGGGUACUUGUAUUCAAGCCUUCUUUGACUCUAAUAGUUACGCGCGCUAUGUGACUCAAAAGUUUAAGGGACGAACCAUCAGGAAUGGUUCUACAGGCGAUGUUAUGAUCAAAGAGCUGGACUGGUCAGUGACCACUUUCAGAGCCACGACAAAGCCAGAAAAUAGUAAGGCAGAAGAGUGCCUAGCUGAGGUAACUCUUCCGACCGUGGAACUUCUCAGGAACUGUUACUACAAGCCAUCCAUUUUGAAUUUGUCCGGAAACAAGAGUAGUAAAUUGCUACUUCAGGUUUCUUGGUUUCCGGUAGCAGCCUCAAAGCUACCUCAAGCGGAUCUUAUCACCAACACAGGCGACUUGACGAUUGACAUUUUGGGUGCGAACAAUUUGAUUGCAGCUGACCGCAAUGGAAAAUCUGAUCCAUUUGUCAAGUUUUACAUCGAUAACAACGAAGACUCAUUUUUCAGGACACAUCACAAGAAGAAAACUCUUGAUCCUACCUGGAAUGAACAAUGUCAAGUGCAAAUCAACAAUCGUGUCAACAACUACCUCAAAAUCCGCAUGAUGGACUGGGACGCCGGGAAUAAGGACGAUCUGAUUGGAACUGCAAUUUUACCGUUAGCAAAUAUCGACCCGGAGAAUCCAACAGAUAUCGACGUUCCGCUCAGCGGCCCUGAUGGAGAAGAUGGCGGUGUCCUUCAUUUGAAAUUCUCUUUCAGUCCCAGACAUGUCUUGACAGCACGCAAGCAAGAGAAAAAAGUCGGCGAUUUAGCGUCCAAAGGACUUUCCUCUGGAUUGCACGCUGGAACCUCAGUCAUUGGAGGAGGACUGGGCGCAGUUGGCAAAUUGAAGAGAGGCAUUUUUGGAGGUGAGAAAAAUGAAAACGAUACCGAAGCCUAG